AUGGGCCUCAGGCACACCAACCAAUUGUUUGGCAAGAUCCAGCUCAUCGGCGGAUGCUGUGGUGUGGCCAAAGGAGACGCUCUUCUGGCACAGACUGCUGUCAACACGAACGAUAUCUACGGGGCCACCGCCGACGUGCUGGAAGCGCAGUUGAACCAAGAGACGGGCUGCCAUGUGGUGAAAGAUUAUAGCAAGAAUGGGGACCCCGACUGUCAGUACGUGAUGGUUUUCGAGGACAAGAUUGCCCCACUCAACCAGCUUGCGGCGAACUGCGUGCCAGCAACCAUCUGCGAGCCGGACGUCGUUGGGAUGACCAAAGGGAAGAUUGCAACCUACGGUGUUGUCAUGCAGGUGUUGCAGAAGAACCUGGGCCAGCUUAUCUGGCUUGGCCAGGGAGAUCCCGCGACAUGCCUCCAGCGCAUGACUGAGGUCAACAGUGGCGAUCUCAGCAAGGUUUUCAAGAUGCACACCGUGCAAUUCUUGGGAAUGCAUUGGCAAGAGAAGAAGAUGGACAUUGAUGGCAUGAGACGGCUAGGCGCCAUGGAGUCUUUGGGAGACUGCAGGGACAACUUGGAUGGUUCACCGGUCUCGUACCUUUUCAUCCACAAGAACUUGCUCUGGGAUGGUGAUGAGGAGAUUGUCAGUGUCGACCACUACAUGGACUACAAGGACGCGAAGGAGAGGGCGACAGCAGAGAAGGAAAUCAUGAAGGAUGCUGCGCAACUCAUCCGCACGAUAAGCCAUUCUCCAGGCCUUCCUACCAGUCUCAUCGAGAGUGUAAAUCCUUUACGCGUGUAA